AUGAAUAGAGCACGUACAGAGAGGACAUGCAAGGAGAACGUUCUUCUAACUCUUCUUCCUGAUGUGACGAUGAUGAUACAGAAGAACAGCGAAGCUUUGAAAGGAAAAACUGAAUGGCAAUACACCGUUGAUGGCAUUGACAGCGGAAAAAGGAUUGGUAGUGGAAGAAGAUUAAUUAACGAAAACAAGAGUGCGCGUUAUUAUGUAACCGGAAGGAUUGGUGGUGGUGCUAGUAGUGAUGGAGCUGGUAGUGGUGGUGGUGGUGGUGGUGGUGCCCGUGGUGGUGCCCGUGGUGUGGUAGGGGUGAAGAUGAUGGCAGUGAUGGUCUUGAUGGUGAAAAAUUAGGAAGAAAAAGAUGAAGUAAAAGGGAAAGGGAAAGAUGAUGAUGAUGAUGAUGAUGAUGAUGAUGAUGAUGAUGAAUGA